GUCCGACUCCUCCGCCGAGGAGUUCCUCAUGGGCAGCGGCCAGAUGGGGACGCUGCCCGUCGCGCUGUCCAUGCUGGCGAGCUUCCUCUCCUCCAUCACCCUCAUGGGCCAGCCCGCCGAGGUGUACCUGUUCGGGCCGCAGCUCUGGCUCUUCGGUGUGGCCGCGUUCCUUGCCAUCCCCGUCAUCAACUACGUCAUGAUCCCCUUCUUCCACAAGCUGCAGAUCACGUCGGCGUACGAGUACUUCGGAAUCCGUUUUGGGCGAAACGUGCAGCGCCUGGCGUCCAUCCUAUUCACCAUCCAAAUGAUCCUGUACCUGGCUCUGGUCCUGUACGCCCCCGCGCUCGCGCUCAGUCAAGUGACGGGCCUGCACACGCUGCUCGUCGUCACCGCCAUGUACUUUGUCGUCAUCUUCUAUACCACCAUUGGUGGCAUGAAGGCGGUGGUCUGGACUGACACAUUCCAAGUUGUAGUCCUAUACGUGGCCAUGUUUGCCGUGCUCAUAAAGGGCACCGUUGAUAUCGGUGGGUUUGGCGUGGUCUGGGAAACAAACGCUCAGCACGGCCGCAGCGAUCUGUUCAAGUGGAACGCGGAUCCAACUGAGCGUUACUCCGUUUGGUCGACGUUGGUGGGGGCGGCCGUGCUGCACACUGCAGUGUACGGCGCCAACCAGCUACAGGUGCAGCGCUACCUCACGGUGCGCACGGUGGCGCAGGCGCGGCAGAUGCUCUGGAUCAACUGCGCGGGGUGGACCGUGGUCGUGCUCCUCACCGUGUACGCCGGCAUGCUCAUCUUUGCAAAGUACGCCAUGUGCGACCCCAUCCUGGCGGGGCGGGUGUCCAAGGCCGAUCAGCUGUUCCCGCUCUUCGUCAUGGACACGGCGGGCGACCUCUCCGGCUUCCCGGGCCUCUUCGUGGCGGGCAUUUUCAGCGCCGGCCUCAGCACGGUGUCCACGGGGCUCAACUCGCUCGCCGCCAUCUGGUUCGCGGAGAUGGACGGCACCGACUUCAAGGCCAAGCUGACUGAGCGGAAGGCUGGGCUGACGGUCAAGAUGCUCGCCCUCGGCUUCGGCCUGCUGUCAUUCGCGCUCGUCUUCGUCGUGCCGUACAUGUCCGGCCUGGCGCCGAAAGACAUGGUUUCCCGAGUGUGCCACACCUAA